AUAUAAAAUGGCAACUGUACAAAGACAAUAGGCGUCGAUUUCUUUGAUCAUAUUUUUCGUUUCUGUUAUAAAAGAUAUAAUAUAUUCUUAUAUUUAAUUAACAAAAAUAUUUAUAUUUAUUGAAUAAGUUUUUACGAACAUUAAUUUUAACAAAUUAUGAAUCAAUUAAUGUGAAUUGAUUUAUACAAAUAUAAAUAAUUUUGAGUAAUAGUUAACCUACCACUAUCGUGUAAUUAUUAUCGCGUUUUUAUAAAAUUUAUAACGGAAAAAUAAUUUAAAAAUGAUAAAAAAUAUCAUUUUAAACAAAUAUUUUAUAAUUAAAAAAAAUGAAAAGAAAGUUAUGUUGUCUAUUAUACAUGAUUUAUUAAACGUGUCAACAUUGAUAUUUUCAAAUUCAUGAGAUUCGAUUAUAUAAAUAUUUUAAUUAAAUUAUUGUAGUGCACAAUCUCAUUACAUUUUUUUUAAUAAUAUGGUGAUGGCAGGGAACGAAAAUACAUCUGGAUCUUUAGCAGAAGAUUCGUUAUCCACAAGAUUACAAUGGCUUCGUCAACGUAGAGAAGCAUUGCAAGAAAAAUUAGCACAAAAAAACAAUGAGCUUAAAAACUUAUGUGUAGAAGAAGCGGAAUUGACUGGUGUUUUACCACCAGAAAUUCCAUUAGAACCUGGAGAAAGUCCACCAAUAUUCCGUAAAAGAAUCGGAACAGCAUUUACAUAUCCACAGAAUUUAAUUAAUAAAUUGAAAACAAAUGAAGUUGAGGAAUCUGCUUUGGAAUUAGAACGACAAGUUCAAAUUGGUAUAGUAGAAGCUGCUUUAGGAAUUGUGAAUGAUCCUAAAGAAAGCAAAGCAGUACGCCGUAAACAUAGACUUGUUUAUCAACAAAGUCAACGUAGACUUCAAGAAUUGGAAGCACGUUUAAAUUUUCUAAGACAAAGUCGUAAUAAAGCACAUCAUUCAACACAAUUUCAACACUCUACCAUUUGUAAUGCUCAGUCACAUUUACAUGCUAAUGUGAAACAUAGAACAAAGAAACCUCGACCACCAUUAGAUGGCACAAUUAAUGACGUAAAUACUAAAAUUACAAGAGGAUUGCUUCAAGAGAGUGGUAUAAGUUUAAGUCCAUUAGGAUCCGAAGAUAAAUGUAAUGCUUAUCCUAAUCAUGGAUAUGACGAUCAAUCCCUAAUACCUAAUAGUUAUAAUCAUAAUCACAUCAAUCCUUAUUGUCCAACAAUUUCUGAUCAGCGACAAAGUAUCAAAAUAAUUGAACAUGAUCAUAACGAUAAUCAAAAUGUUUACAUAUUAUCCGAUCAAUGUCGCACGCGAACAUAUUCUCAUGGCAGUGGUAGUUCACGUACUCAAAACUUUUAUCAAGAUAGUGAACGAUUGUAUAGACCUUUGCCAAAUACAUAUACCGAAGAUGAGCGACAAUUACGAUAUCGUCAAUUUCAACAAGAUCAAGUACAUAAUUAUCAACAAUAUUCUGACCAUAAACAAUUGGAUAAUGAUAUCCAACGAAGAUGUGGACAAGAAUAUUAUGAAAGAGAUUUUCGUACAUUACAUUAUACACAUAUACCUGAAUUCCCAGUAUAUCAUAAAAAUAAUUCUCAGUCACAAUCUGUAAUAAGACGAGACCGCGAUAUUAACACAAAUAAAAAUUUACGAUACACAGAUUCACCAAGUGAAUCACAAUUACCAUCAGGUUAUUGGAUGCGAUAUGAAGAUGAAAUUGUUUGGUGCACAGAUGAUCAAUUUGCUUCAGAUAGAUUUGGUAGUUUAGAUCGAAGAAAACGCAAUGCUGUUCAACAUAGUAGUAGUAUUGGUACUGAUAUACAACCACGAUAUCGUACAGUAUCUGUAGGCUGUAGUAAAAAUUCUUCUUACAUUUCAUCUCAAAAUACUUCUGUCCAUUUACUUCCAUUAUCCGAACAAUCAUCUAGUAACAAUAAAAUGUUACUACGUACCCAAUCUUUAGGUAGUGUAGAAAAAUGGCAAUCAAGUCAUUUGCAUGAUAAUAAAGAUACAAUAGAUAAUAUUGGUAAAAAAGGAAAAGAAAAAGAAUGGUAUGAAACUUCUUUGGAUUCAGGCACAAGUCCAGGAUCAGAUAUCAAUUUAAUAUCAUCACAUAAAAAUAUUCAUUAUCAAUCUACUCUACCUGUUUGCUCUAAAUCAUCAACUGGUGAAGACAAAAAUAAUUAUAUGCCUUCAGUUAAUCAUCGUAAAAGUGAUAUAUUGAUGGUUGAAACUGAUCAACAUUUGCAAUCAUUAUCUUCUCGUUACGAACCGACACAUAUAAAAGUGCUUGAAAUUCCAGCGGAAUCAAAAUCACCACAAGAAACGAAUGAAGAAACAAUUGUGUUGGGAUCUUCACAAAAUUGUACAAUUGUACAAGCUGGAAGAUAUCAACCAUAUAGAGAAGUUACAAAACCUUUUGAAAUGUCUGAUUUCUAUAAAUAUUCUACUAAAUUUCGUAAAAGAAAUGAAACGAAUGAACAAAAUAUUUCAAAUGAAAUUCAAAAUGAUUCUCGAGGAUCACACUAUAUUGGAACAAACGAUAUACUUGGAGAAUCAGAAUCAAAUAUUAUACAUAAUGGUUCAAUUGCUGGUUCAGUUCAAAAAAGAAUUUAUCAACCGGUUCAACGAAUGACAUGUCAACCUUAUCUCACAUCAUUAAGAUAAUUUUUAAUUGUCCAUAAAGUAGAUGUAAUUUAAUAGAAUAAUAUGAUACAAAUAAUAUAGGCUGGACCUAUCUGAAUAUUC